GGACAACAGUUAUUCCGUGUGUCUGUCGGAUCUGGCAACCCGCUGUUGGAUUAAAGCCGUCCUGGCUAAGAGGAAGUCGGUCCGGACUUUUAGAAAAAUGUCCAACAAGAAGUGAACAUUGGUUAAAGCUAUCGGAGGAACCGGAACCCAGAACCGGGAGGUUUAACGGAUUAUUUCUAGAUAAAAUCUGCUUAAUCUCAUAAAGAAGCUUCUCUGCUGGAGGUUCUUAUCGCUACAAUCACCAGCCGAACCAACUGCUUUUAGAACAUGGCUGAUAAAGCGCCGAAUCCUCCGUAGAACCGUGUUUUUGGAGGGUUUCCAGGUGUUUUCCUGACAGGAUGGCGGGUUUGAGGGGCUACAUGGAGGGUCUGAUGCGGGGGCUGAAGGUGGAGGUCCUGCGGGAAACGGGCCGUCAGUACCCGGUGUCCUGCUGCCUGCUGCUGGCCCUGGUGGCUCUCACGGUGCUGCUCAACAGGUACAUCCACAUCUUCAUGGUCUUCUGGUCGCUCCUGGCUGGGAUCAUCACCUUCUACUGCUCGCUGGGACCAGACUCGCUCCUUCCGAACGUCUUUUUCCCCAUAAAGCCGAGGAACAAACGACAGGAGCCUGAGCUGUUUCCUCUGGGCCACAGCUGCGCCGUCUGUGGGAAGAUUAAAUGCAAACGUCACCGGCUGACUCUGCUCCUGGAAAACCACCAGCCCUGGUUGGACCUGAAGGUUCAUUCCAAAGUGGACGCCUCAGUAGCAGAGGUGUUUGAGCUGGUUCUGGAGAAGUUUGUGUACCCCUGGUACAGGGACAUCACAGAGGACGACGCGUGUUUAGACGAAGUCCGGAUGACUUUUCGCUUCUUUGCGUCGGUGCUGAUCCGCAGAGCUCAGAAGGUUGACAUCCCAGCUGUGUUUGCAGACAAAGUGAUGAAGGCUGUGAUGAAGCACAUAGAAAUCAUUGCCAGAGCUCGAGCAAAAGCAAAGAACAUGGAGAACCUGCAGCAGGCAGCUCUGGAGGAAUACGGCGCCAACCUUCACGUCGCUCUGCACAGCCGGAAGGAGGAGCUGCUGUACCUGAGGAAGCUGACGGAGAUGCUGUUCUCCUACGCCAUGCCUUCAAAAGCCACAGACUGCAGGUCUCUCACUCUGCUGCUACGGGAAGUGAUGGUCGGAUCCGUUAUCCUGCCGACUAUGGACUUCGUGGCUGACCCUGAUACUGUGAACCUCAUGGUGCUCAUAUUCGUGGAUGACACUCCGCCAGAAGCAGCCACAGAUCCUCCAUCUCCACUGGUUCCGUUCCUGCAGAAAUAUACCAGCAUCAGCAACAAGAAGCCGUCGGUGCUGAAGUUGGAGCUGAAGGAGAUCAGGAAGCAGCAGGAUCUCCUCUUCCGUUUCCUUAACUUCCUGAAGCAGGAAGGAGCCGUGCACGUCCUGCAGUUCUGCCUCGCUGUGGAGGAGUUCAAUGACAAGAUCCUGAGUCCGGAGCUGAGCGACUCCGAGCUGCAGCGUCUGCACGGCGAGAUGGUCCAGAUCUAUGAGACCUACUGCCUGGACGAAAGCAUCGACAAGAUCAGCUUCGACCCGUUUAUCGUGGAGGAGAUCAGGAACAUCGCCGCGGGGCCGUACAGGAACGUGGUGAAGCUACAGAAGAUGACCUGCCUGUUUGAGGCGUACGAACACGUUCUCUUUCUACUGGAGGGUGUCUUCACGCCGAUGUUCUGCCACAGCGACGAAUACUUCAGACACCUGCUGAAAGGAGCCGAAUCUCCAACCAGAAACUCCAGGAUCAACAGGAACAUGUCGAGGCGGGGCGAGUCGUUCGGGAUCAGCAGGAUCGGCAGCAAAAUCAAAGGUGUGUUCAAAAGCACGACGAUGGAGGGCGCUCUGCUGCCGUCCAGCACCAUCACCGACAUGGAAGACGACAUGGUGGAGGAGGCGACCAUCGUCGUGGAGGACGACUCCCCAGCGGCUCCAACGGCUGCUCCAGUGAACCAGAGAAACCUGUCAGCGUGGAGCGUCUCCAUGCCCUUCAUCGACUUUUACGAUGAUGUGGUGAAGAGGGAGAAGAUCCCCGUCUUCUGCAUCGACGUGGAGCGAAACGACCGAAGGAACGCUGGUCAUGAACCUGAGUUGUGGACGGUUUACAGAAGAUACCUGGAGUUCUACGUGCUGGAGUCUAAACUCACAGAGUUCCAUGGCACAUUUGCAGACGCACAGCUUCCAUCUAAACGGCUCAUCGGACCAAAGAAUUAUGAAUUUCUGGAAUCAAAACGGGAAGAGUUUGAGGAAUAUUUACGGAGGCUCCUGCUGUAUCCUGAGCUCAGUAACAGCCAACUGCUGGCAGACUUCCUGUCUCCGUUCAGCCUGGAGUCCCAGUUUCUGGAUAAGAUGCUGCCGGACGUCAACCUUGGGAAAAUUUUUAAGUCCGUUCCAGGGAAGCUGAUGAAAGAGAAAGGGCAGAACCUGGAGCCCUUCAUCCAGUCCUUCUUCAACUCGUGUGAGUCGCCCAAACCCAAACCGAGCCGACCAGAACUCACCAUCCUCAGCCCGUCUGCAGAGAACAACAAGAAGGUCUUCAACGAGCUGUACAGGAACAACGCCAACCUCUCAGAUGGACCGGAGCGGAAACACAACUCCAACUGCUUCGUAGAGAUGAUGGCCGUGGACGGCAUGUACGACUACAUGAUGUAUGUAGGUCGGGUCGUGUUCCGCAUUCCUGACUGGCUGCACCACAUUCUGGCUGCAGGAAGGAUUCUGUUCAAGAACACCUUUGAGGCCUACAUGGACCAGCACAUGCAGUCCAAGCUGGAGGCCAUCCUGCAGGAGCACCGGGUGGUGUCGCUCAUCACGCAGCUCAGAGAUGCAGUUUUCUGUGAGAACAACCAGGAACGAACUGCAGAGGAUAAACAUCUCAGAGCUAAGCAGACGUUUAAGAAGAUGAUCAGAUAUUUACCAGACUUUGUGGUGAAGUUCAUCGGUGAAGACUCCAGGCAAGAAGGAAUCGAGCUGCUCUUUGACGGUUUGCAGCAGCCGCUUCUCAACAAGCAGAUGACCUACGUCCUGCUGGACAUCGCCAUCCUUGAGCUUUUUCCUGAACUCCACAAGCAGGGGCUGAAGGGAACCUUCAUCGUGUGAACGGGUCGGCUGGUUGAACUCUGCGUCCACAUCAAAGAUCUCCUGCUGGCUCCUAAACAUCACAACGUUCCAGUUUCUGCUCCUGCACUAAUAAACUCGUAUUUAUUCCC